UGUGGUUAUUUCUGUCUAGUAACCUAAAAAAAUCAAAUUAUAAAAUACUAUCAAAAUGGAUUUUUGGUAUUAUUUUCAGAUUCAUAAAGAUAAAUUAAAAAAUUUACCGAUCUCUGUACUUUAUGAACUAGUUGAUGCAGAUGGAAAAAUUGAAACAGAUGGCGAAUAUUUAAAAACUUUUCACGAACAUUUGCCUCUAACACCAGAAGAAUUUUGGCAAACAGUUGUUAGAAGCAUUAAAGACUCUAGUACAGAAAAUGAUAUUGAAAUAGAUGAUGAUAUGAUACAAUAUAUUUUAGUUUAUAUAAGUUGGUACACUGAUGUAUUUUCAAAAUUUAACAUUUCAGAUAGCUCUUCUCUAUUGGCUUCUGAAUUUUUUUUUCACUUUUUGAAUGUAGUUGGAUUGAAAUAUUUCAGAAGAUCUAUUUAUGAGAAUACCCUUAUUUGUGUUGCCAAAGAAAGAAAACACGGGGAUCAAAAUGUUAAUUGCCACAAUGUUUUGAGAGGCUUAAAACGAUUUAUACAUAACAAUAAAUUGCCUGAAAUAUAUUUACAGAAUACUCUAUACGAAUUGUGUCAUAUAAUUGAAAAUACAAACAUAAGGGUUUAUUCAGACUAUUCAAAAGAUGAUGGUGUUGAUUCAACCCAUGAGGCUUUUCAUUGUAUUAGAACUUUAUCUAAGCAAGACUGGCCAACUAAAUAUCAUUUUAUGAUAAAUUAUACACUUCUUCAUGGUAUAAUAACCGAUCAUCACUCUGGACAACUGAAAAAAAACUUCAGGAAUUUGAUAAUAGAUCUUAAGUCUACCCUGAGAAAAGACAAUUUUCAUAAUUUUCAAAAUGUGUUUUUAUACAUUGUAGCGAAAAACAAAUUAUUUGAUGCAGUUGAAGCAAGUAAAGUAAUGGUUAUCUUAAGUGAACAAAUCUUCAAAGACACAAUUUUCAAGUUAACAACCAUGGGAGUUUCUAAAGAAGUAAAGAAUAAAAGUAAUAUUUUGAGGCUUUUUGCUGAAUUUCUUGAACAUUUGCCUACAAAUUUUUAUGAACAUUCAAAGCUAGAAGUUUUCAUACAAACUAUUUUUAAUAUCUUGCUAAUGAAUUGUAUUGACAGUGAUGAAGCAAUUUCUUUAGUUUCCAAAAUUUGUCUUCUAAGGAAACCAGUUAUUACUAAACAGUUUGAGAUCUUACUCAAUAGUCCAACUGAAUAUGUAUAUGUUGAAAACAGCUUACCAACUUUUUGUAUGAAAUUCAGCGUACAUUGGAGCAACAGGUUAAGAAAUAGAAAUAUUGUAUUGAUAAUUUUAAGAAUAAUGUGCAUAACAUUUCGUAGCAACUUGGAUGAAGACUAUGCAGGUAUGCUUGCAAUGAUUGCUAGCGAAGCUGAUCCUAGUGAUAUGAAAAUGUCUAUUCCAAUCCUACUUAAUUUGUUCACAAUAUCCAGAAAUAAAGAAUCAAAAUUUGUGAGUGAUAAAGUUAUAGAAGUUAUGUAUACUAUGGCUAUUCAUACUUCAUCAGGAUCCAAUGAUUUUGUCAAGACUCUUUUUCAACUUGCUAUAGAGCCAAGUGAAGAAUUACUACCACAUAAGACUGAAUAUAUUUUGAAUCUUACCUCACAUAUCCUCAAUGAUAACAAGAUAUUUGUGAAUAAAGCUAACGAGUUGAGUUUAUUACAAUUGAAUAGUAUCAAGUUAUUGAUAAAUAGGGUGAUCAAUGGAGAUUAUGAUGGCUUGAAGUUCACAUGUGCCAUUCUUGAGAAAUCCCAAAAUCUCCAAGGUGAAAAACUUAUUUAUCAUAUCAUGGCAAAUCCGUCUUUGUUGAGAGAGGCAAAAUAUACUGGAGACUUACUCUUUAUCGCUAACUGUGGCUUAAAAUACUUCAUCAUGUUCCAAAGAAACAUAAAUUUGACGACAACCCAACAGCAAAAUUUGAAAGAUUUCAAAAAAAUUCUUUGGGAUCAUAUUAAGAAUUUCAAUCUUCCCUAUCAUUCUCUUGGAGUGGGACUGGAUGUUCUCAAAUCAUUGUCAGAGUUGCUGAAUGAGCCUUAUGAAAUUCAGGAGUUCUUCCUGAAUGUGGACUCUGAAUUGAGAAAUGCAUUAUUCAAACUCCCAGGAGAAUGCAAUGUAGUUCCUAUAAUGUAUUCAGCAGAAUUAAUUCCCAACAAAAAUUAUAACAUUCCCCAAGAAACAAUCAAAGAGUUAGAAAAGGCAUUGAGUAAAAUAGAAGAAGCAUUGAAAAAUGAAGCUAAUUCUCCAAAUGGUAAAAUCCUUGUUAAGUAUUAUUGUUGCCUUGUUCUUAUGGUGAGAGUGGCUAUGAAACAUUCAAAAUUAGGUUCACAAGUGAUGGCUUGUCUCAAAUAUUCUCUUAAUGUGAAUGAAUUGGAGUUCAAAAUGAAUGUUAUGGACUUAAUGUACGAUUUAUGUACAUAUGUUGUCCAUAAUUUUGAAGAAUUCCUACGGUAUUCUUUUGAAGAUCUAAAAUCUCUUAAUCCUGCUAUCAGAACACAGGCUGCUUUACACAUUGAACAUUUUAUACGUCAUGACUAUUUGAAAUUAUCGAUACAACAGUACUGCAAAUUUAUUAGUCUCCUUGGAGAUCCUGUGAUUGAAAGAAGAUUACAAAAUCUUCUUAUGAAUUUCGUUCUGGUUAAUCAGGGUGUUGUGGAGAAAUAUUUUUUACCACUAAUAAUGCAUGUCAAUUUUUAUUCAGUUCAUCCUGUAUGUCCAAUGAAUCCUCAGUAUAUGAAGGAUAUGAAUUGCAUUAUACGUGCAAAUUUUAACAAGUGGAAGGUUUUUUCAACACUAUUCCGAGCAUUACCUCAACGAUCAAAAUUUCUUAUUCUCAAAGAGAUCUGCUCCACGUUUUUUGAUAAAUUCAUUCAAAGUGAAAUGAAGAUUGAAGAUGGCAUUUGGGAUGUUAUAACUGAUGCAAUAUCAUUGUUCAAAAUAAUGCCUUAUAGUUCUCUAGAUAACGUUAGAUAUGAAGAUUUUUAUGAAAAAGGAAUUAACAAUAUCAAGAAAUACUUGGUAGAAAAGAAAAACCUACCAUCUGAUGUCUCACCGAAAUAUCCUGAAGUUAAAGAUAUAAUUGAGAGAAUCACUUUUCAACUUUUACACCUCUUAUUUUACACAAACAAUGAGCAGAUUCUGCAAAAUUACAAACUCAAGUUAUUUGAAGCUAUCAUUUUUUGGACACAUGAUUCAUUAGCUGAUAUUGCAAUAAUCUGUAAUUUCAGGAAGGAUAACUUGUCACAGAAUAUAUUGAACUACUACAAAAAACUAACUGAUUUCUAUAGAAAUCAUAAGGAGUGCUUAAACACAUUUGAAUAUAUUUCAGAAUAUAAUGAAGUAACUCAUUCAGUUUGAUUUGAAACAAUAAAAUGUUCAUAACGUCUCAAUGAGCUGUUGCGUUGUAAAUAUGUAUAUAGAACAAAUUAAUAAAUAGUAAUUUAAA